CCACUGUUGAGGGAAAAAAAAAAGAAAAGAAAAGAAAAAAGCUGUAAACUUGUGUUUUGUGCACGAGAGAUCUGAGACACGCCUCCCAGCAGCACGCGGAUCCGCGCUCUUGCGCUCAUUCCGCUCCUUAAACGGAUCUGCACGCUGUCUUCAUUAACCUAAAGACAAACCCGGGAUUAUGUGGGAUUUAUGAACCGAUCAUCAUAAGGAAGCAGUUCACGGCUAGAUUGGAUUGAUUGGACUGAUUUGACCUCUACGUCCUCUUUGCUGUACGAUGCUUUACUUCCAGCUGGUCAUCAUGGCAGGGACGGUCAUGCUGGCGUAUUACUUUGAGUACACGGACACGUUCAACGUACACGUGCAGGGCUUUUUCUGCCACGACAGCGCGUACACGAAGCCGUACCUCGGACCGGAAGAGUCGAGCGCGGUUCCGCCGGUGCUUCUGUACGCGGUGGUAUCCGGUGUGCCCGCGCUGGUGAUCACAGGAACCGAGUCUGUGCUCUUCCUGCUGCAGUAUAUCUCUGAAGAUCUGGACAACAGGGAGAAGAUUAUAGUGAUGGGCGACUGCUGUUACCUUAACCCGCUUGUGCGCAGGACAUUCCGCUUUCUUGGUGUGUAUGCGUUUGGCCUCUUUGCCACAGAUAUCUUUGUGAAUGCAGGUCAGGUGGUGACGGGGAGUCUGUCCCCUUACUUCCUGACUGUGUGUAAACCCAACUACACCGCUCUGGGAUGCCAGCAGGGUGUCCGCUUCAUCAGCCAAAAGGAAGCAUGCACGGGGAAUGGCGACGACAUUCUGCAUGCUCGCAAAUCCUUUCCUUCCAAAGAGGCCGCUCUCAGUGUCUACGCUGCACUUUACAUUGCUAUGUACAUUACAUGCUCAGUGAGGUCCAAAGGCACACGUCUGGCCAAGCCUGUUGUCUCUCUAAGCCUAAUAUGCCUGGCUUUCCUAACCGGAAUAAACCGUGUGGUGGAGUAUCGGAAUCACUGGAGUGACGUCAUUGCUGGCUUCAUCAUCGGGGCGGCCAUCGCUAUCUUCAUGGUGGUUUGCGUAGUGAAGAACUUCAAAGGAAAAUCUCUACUGAAUGAGAUACCGCCUGAGGAGAAUGUUUCCAGCACUCCCAUGCUUGGAGAGCCCAAGAUGGAGAAAUACAUUGUCUCACAGGUAAAGUAUUGAUGUAACACUGGUUUAUCAUCAGUAUUGUAAUCAGAGUUGGAUUCCAGUUAUUUUUGAUGAAAAAAUGUGCACCAUGCUCUUUCAGAACCAUUUCAGAGUGAGAAGUACUGUAAAGAUGGCGUGAUUAUUAAACUAAAUGUAAUCAGGUUUCUUACUGUUUUGUCAUCAGUAUGCAUCGAUUGUAGGUGUUAAUAUACCUCUUUCAGAUGAUUCAAUAUGUAUGCAGAUAUGUAGUAUAUAGUAGAAUACAAAAAUUACAUUGUUAACGAAAUAAGGAUUCCGAUGUACUGACCCGAUGCGUUUCAAUUCAGACCAAUAAAAUUCACUUUAGUUCAAUUUAAAUUUAACAUGCAUAUGUUUGACUCAGUAAGUAACGACAAUUUCAAACAUUUACUCUCUUUAUUAGUACUAUAUGAAUUAUCUAUAACUAUAGUACAUUAAUUCUCUACAAAUUGUUAGGUAUUGUACAGGAGGUGGAUGCAAGUGCAGAUAUUUUAUUAUUUGUAUAAACCAACAACCAGAAACUGUGAAAACAAGAAUCAUAAACUACACUCAAGACUGUGGCACACACGACAACAAGCGCUACAGCAAAGCUUGAGAAGGACUAUGUUUACAUGCACAUCAGUAUUCCAGAAUUAAUUAGUAUUGAGUUAUGUAAAUGCUAAAAGGAGUUAUAUGCACAUGCUCAGCCUGCAAGGAAUUGUGGGUGCUAACAGAUGUUUAGCUGUAGACUAGGUAUGUAGGAAUGGCAACUCAGGCUAAAUGGACGCAUUUAUGUAUACAGGAAUAUUCCGAUGCCUGUACGCAUAUAGACAUCAUAUUCGGAAUACAAACCGAAUGUAGCUGUGAUUAGUGAUUAGUGACAAUGUGACAUGCUGGGGUUGAUGGGUAGUGUCGUUCUGCACCCACUGGCGUUACCAUGACACACAAAUCUUAAUUUUUUCAUAUAGUGCUAAAAUGCUGCCAACUCAAUAUUAUGUCUCUGGGUUCCAGCACAGCUGUUAUGUGUCUGAAAUUACAUUUUCAUUUUCUCUAACGCUAUAGAAGUGCAUGUCCUUGCAAAUAGAGUAACCAAAACUGCUAAAUCUAGCAUCACUUGUCACACAUGUAGGUGCAAGCUCCCCUCUGGUUAAUGUUAUCCCAUGCCACCUUAGUAGGUGUGUAGUAAGGUUUAUGGUGCUGUCAGAAUAUUUUAUGGCAGCGUUUUAUAAUAUAGCAGUGAUUUUGUCAAGAUUCCCUGAGCUUUUAUUGCAUUCAACGUAGUUCCAAAUUUUUUAUUUAAUGCUUAA